AUGACCUCCGCCCUGCUCGCUCACUUGAAUUUCGCGCUGGUACGCCCAUGGAAGUUAGGCUUGUGGAUGGAUUCGUUGCUCGCAUUGUUCUUUCUUUCGUCGGUUGUUUUCGCUGCAGGUAACUCUACACUUUUCGUAACUUGUCUGCUAGGUCGCUGUCUUUCAGACACCUCUGAUGAUUACGUAACAUGCGGUUCUGUGUUGAAGUUAAUAAACUCCAAGCAUCGCACUCGUCUCCAUUCACACGAUAUUAAAUAUGGUUCCGGUAGCGGUCAGCAAUCUGUUACAGGUAUCACCGAACCGGACGACGCGAACAGCUACUGGGCCAUCAAGGGAACCGCCGAAGAGCCUUGCAAUCGAGGCGAAGCGAUGAAAUGUGGCUCAGUCAUCCGAUUGGAACAUGUGAAGAGUGGCAAGCUUCUUCACAGCCACUUGAUCAGCUCCGUUUUGUCACGUUGUCAUGAAGUGAGUUGCUACGGCGAUAAAGGCGAAGGCGACUUGGGUGAUUACUGGAUAUUGAAGUGCCACGGUCAGUACUGGAAGCGCAGCGAUGAAGUUCAGUUUAUGCACCAGCAGACGAAAUCAUAUUUGGCUGUGACGGAUCAGGUUUAUGGCAGGCCUAUUCAAGGUCAGCACGAAGUUUGUGCCUAUUCUUCUGAACAGCCUCGUGGAACUGAAACAAAGUGGCGUGCAGCAGAAGGCGUUUAUUUUUUACUUAGCGAUCAUUGA